AUGGACGGUCAACCUCAAGGAAACCCUGUGUUUUACGGAACGCAACCCAGUCCCGCUUUGAGUUUCAACCACUGGGUUGAACACACAAAUGCCCAACCACCAAGUCCCGAUCUGUUCUCGGAUACAGCGGUGGACGAAGAUUUCUGGACCUCUCACCAACCUAACCCCCAAGAAGCGGACACAAUACCAGUCCCGCAAACCCCACCAAUCCAAUACCGACCACCUAUGCUGGAUCUCUCAAAUGUAUGGCAUUCCAAACGCCGACAACUGUUUAGUCCCGAACCCUCAAUUCAGGACAACAACAAGCUGUGGACUUUUGUUUAUCGAGGACAACCACCACGAUUUGAAAGAGGAACACGAGUCAACCACUGGAACACACAAAUGCCCAACCACCAAGUCCCGAUCUGUUCUCGGAUACAGCGGUGGACGAAGAUUUCUGGACCUCUCACCAACCUAACCCCCAAGAAGCGGACACAAUACCAGUCCCGCAAACCCCACCAAUCCAAUACCGACCACCUAUGCUGGAUCUCUCAA